AUGGCUGACGAUGGCAUGCUUAUGAACUUCAGCAUUGCUGACAGUGUCAUCAAACCUGAAGCAAAGUUCAAAGGAGGUACAUGGCGAGACCGACUGACUGCGAAAAAGCGCUCAGCCCACCGCGGAUCAGAGAAAGAACCCGGAGAUGCGUCUGCGCGCAACGCAGCAUCCAAGAACCCCAACCAAAUUCAACUUGGUCCCCGGCCUGCCAAAAGACAAAGAACAGACGACUCAACCCAGCGCCCUCCCCAGCGCUCUGGUGACCGCCGCCCGCACCAACAUCCCCGAGAGAAAGAUCCCCGCCACUUCGUUUCCUCGCUAUUCACCAGCAACCCCGAAGCGCAAAAUGCCGAAGAGCCGAAACAGGAGGGACCGACCGAGGACGCAAAGCCGACCAAUGCGCCGCUGAUUGACGGACUAGAUACCUUCACAAAUUUGGGACUCUCUCCCAACCUUGCCGCGCAUCUGCUCACGAAACUGGAGCUCAAGGCACCGACUGCCAUCCAGAGGAGCUCUAUCUCACAAUUGCUGAAGGAAGAGAGUGAUGCUUUCAUUCAGGCUGAGACCGGUUCCGGAAAGACGCUGGCUUACCUUCUCCCACUGGUGCAACGGAUCAUGGAUCUAUCCAAGGCGAAGAACGAGCAUACCGAUACCCAAGUCCACCGUGAUAGUGGAUUGUUCGCCAUUAUCUUGGCACCUACUCGCGAAUUGUGUAAGCAAAUUUCAGUUGUGCUGGAGAAUAUCCUUCGUUGCGCAAACUGGAUUGUCUGUGGAACGGUCAUUGGUGGAGAAAAGAAAAAGUCAGAGAAGGCACGUUUGCGAAAGGGAUUGAAUAUCCUUGUCGCAACACCGGGUCGUUUGGUGGAUCAUCUCGAUAACACAGAAGCAUUAGAUGUCAGUAAUGUUCGGUGGCUCGUGCUUGACGAGGGAGAUCGCUUGAUGGACAUGGGUUUCGAGGAGGAACUGCAGGGAAUUGUCGGUAAACUUGAUGCCAGGCAACGGCCCAGUCGCGUGCCUGGUAUUCCAACACGCAGGACGACGGUUCUCUGCUCGGCUACGUUGAAGAUGAAUGUUCAGAAGCUAGGAGAGAUCAGUCUGAAGGAUGCGAUUCACAUCAAGGCCGACCCGGAGGACGACGAUGACGAGAAGCCAGAAAAGGGCGAGGACGAAGGAUUCCGCGUCCCAGCGCAACUGAAGCAGUCCUACGCCAUUGUACCAGCCAAGUUACGUCUUGUCUCAUUAACAGCCUACUUGAAGAGAACAUUUAUGCGAAAGGGUUCCGUGAUGAAGGCGAUUGUUUUCAUGUCUUGUGCCGACGCUGUUGAUUUCCAUUUCGAGCUAUUCUCACGAAACCAAGACCGCGAGCAACAAAAGAAGCUUGAGAGAGAAAAAGAAAAGGAAGACCAGCAGCAGGAGGAGAAGGAAGAAAAAGUAGACGAAAGAGAGGAGCUGUCACCCCACGGCACCAUUGCUCCCGGAAGAGCCUUCUCAACCCCAACCAACCCAGUCAUUCUGCACAGACUGCACGGCUCGCUCCCACAAAACGUCCGAACCGCCACCCUCGGCUCCUUCUCUCGCAGCACCGAGGCCUGCGUCAUGAUCUGUACCGAUGUCGCCUCGCGUGGUCUUGAUCUGCCCAACGUGGACCUAGUCGUUGAAUACGACCCGGCAUUCAGCUCCGACGACCACACUCACCGUAUCGGUCGUACAGCACGUGUAGGACGCGACGGUCGAGCCCUCGUCUUCCUCCAGCCCGGCUGCGAAGAGAACUACGUUUCAGUGCUGAAGCGCGGCUACCGCGACGGCGGCAAGGCGCUCACCCGCACAGAUGCAAACGAGCUCCUCAAGCGCGGCUUCGGAGGCAACGAGUCCGGAAAGAAGAACUGGGAAGAGAAGACCACCGAUUGGCAAAUGGACGUCGAGCGCUGGGCUCUCGAUAACCCCGAGUAUCUGGAAAUGGCCCGUCGGGCAUUCCAAUCUCAUGUGCGAGCCUAUGCGACUCACAUUGCUAGUGAGCGGAGCAUGUUCAACAUCAAGGAACUGCACUUGGGUCAUCUGGCGAAGAGUUUCGCGCUCCGUGAUCGUCCGGGCAAAAUCAAUGUUCCUGGUCUGCGACCUGGUCAAGAAGAUACCAAGAAGGACUUCAAGGCUUCGCGAAGUGGUGCGGGUAGCAAGCGAAAGGCUGGCGGCGAUGAUGGGCCGGCACCGGGUGUUAACAAUACGGAUGAUGCUGCUCGCAGGAUGAGGGCCAAGAUGAGAGAGCAUAUGUCUGGAGCCAACGAGUUCAACUUGGCUUGA